AUGGGCGCCGCGGCCGUGCGCUGGCACUUGUGCGUGCUGCUCGUCCUGGGCGCGCGCGGGCGCCUGGCGGGGGGCAGCGGGCUCCCAGGGCCAGUCGACGUGGACGAGUGCUCGGAGGGCACAGAUGACUGCCACAUCGAUGCCAUCUGCCAGAACACACCCAAGUCCUACAAAUGUCUCUGCAAGCCGGGCUACAAAGGGGAAGGCAGGCAGUGUGAAGACAUCGACGAGUGUGAGAAUGACUACUACAACGGGGGCUGCGUGCACGAGUGCAUCAACAUCCCAGGGAACUACAGGUGCACCUGCUUCGACGGCUUCAUGCUGGCCCAUGAUGGACACAACUGCCUGGAUGUGGACGAGUGUCAGGACAACAACGGCGGCUGCCAGCAGAUCUGCGUCAACGCCAUGGGUAGCUACGAGUGUCAGUGCCACAGUGGCUUUUUCCUCAGCGACAACCAGCAUACCUGCAUCCACCGCUCCAACGAGGGUAUGAACUGCAUGAACAAAGACCACGGCUGUGCCCACAUCUGCCGGGAGACGCCCAAAGGUGGGGUGGCCUGUGACUGCAGGCCCGGCUUUGACCUUGCCCAAAACCAGAAGGACUGCACACUAACCUGUAACUACGGGAACGGAGGCUGCCAGCACAGCUGCGAGGACACAGACACGGGCCCCAUGUGUGGCUGCCACCAGAAGUACGCCCUCCACUCAGACGGGCGGACGUGCAUUGAGAAGGAUGAGGCUGCAAUUGAGCGCUCUCAGUUCAAUGCCACGUCAGUAGCUGAUGUGGACAAGCGGGUGAAACGGCGGCUCCUCAUGGAGACGUGUGCGGUAAACAAUGGAGGCUGUGACCGGACCUGCAGGGACACGGCCACUGGCGUGAGGUGCAGCUGCCCCGUGGGAUUCACGCUGCAGCCCGACGGGAAGACGUGCAAAGACAUCAACGAGUGCCUGGCCAACAACGGGGGCUGUGACCACUUCUGCCGCAACACUGUGGGCAGCUUCGAGUGCGGCUGUCGGAAGGGCUACAAGCUGCUGACCGACGAGCGGACGUGCCAAGACAUCGAUGAGUGCUCCUUCGAGCGGACCUGCGACCACAUCUGCAUCAACUCCCCGGGCAGCUUCCAGUGCCUGUGUCACCGCGGCUACACGCUCUAUGGGACGACCCACUGCGGAGAUGUGGACGAGUGCAGUAUGAACAACGGGAGCUGUGACCAGGGCUGCGUCAACACCAAGGGCAGCUACGAAUGCAUCUGCCCCCCGGGGAGGCGGCUCCACUGGAACCGGAAGGACUGUGUGGAGACGGGCAAAUGCCUUUCUCGCGCCAAAGCCUCCCCCUGGCCCCAGCUGUCCUGCAGCAAGGUGGGUGGUGUGGAGAGCUGCUCCCUUUCCUGCCCAGCCCACUCACUCUUCAUGCCAGACUCGGAGAACAGCUACAGCCUGAGCUGCGGCGUCCCGGGUGUCCAGGGCAAGACGCCGCCAAAGCGCAACGACACCAGCUCCGGCAUGGGGCACAGUUGCUCAGGUAGCCCCGCCUGUCCGCGCCGGCAGAAGGCCCGCUUCAAGAUCCGAGACGCCAAGUGCCACCUCCGACCCCACAGCAGGGAGCCAGCAAAGGAGGCCCUGAGGCAGUUGCUGCUGGAAAACUGCCACCUGACCUUUGUGACCCUCAAAUGUGACUCCUCUAAGAAGAGGCGCCGUGGCAAAAAGUCCCCAUCCAAGGAGGUGACCCACAUCACAGCGGAGUUCGAGGUGGAGACGAAGAUGGAAGAGGCGUCAGACACCUGCGAGGCGGACUGCAUGCGGAAGCGAGCCGAGCAGAGCCUGCAGGCCGCCAUCAAGACUCUGCGGAAGUCCAUCAGCCGGCAGCACUUCUCCGUCCAGGUCGCAGGCACAGAGUACGCGAUGGCCCAGUGGCCGGCCAAGGCCCUGGAGGGCCAGGGGGCGUGCGGCACAGGCCAGGUGUUACAGGACGGGAAAUGCGUGGCCUGCGCACCUGGCACCUAUUUCAGCGGAGAGCCUGGCCAAUGUGUGCCAUGCGCACCGGGGUCCUACCAGGACAGGGAUGGCCAACUCAGCUGCAUGCCAUGCCCCAGCAGCGAUGGGCUCGGCCUGGCUGGUGCCCGCAACGUUUCCGAGUGUGGAGGCCAGUGCUCCCCAGGCUUCUUCUCCCCGGAUGGCUUCCAGCCCUGCCAGCCCUGCCCGGUGGGCACGUACCAGCCUGAGCCCGGGCGCACGGGCUGCUUCCCCUGCGGAGGGGGGUUGCUCACCAAGCACGAGGGCGCAGUCUCCUUCCAAGACUGCGAGGCCAAAGUGCACUGCUCCCCGGGCCACCACUACAACACCACCACCCACCGGUGCAUCCGCUGCCCCGUGGGCACCUACCAGCCCGAGUUUGGCCAGAACCACUGCAUCACCUGCCCGGGCAACACCAGCACGGACUUUGAUGGCUCCACCAACGUCACACACUGCAAAAACCAGCACUGUGGCGGCGAGCUCGGCGACUACACAGGCUACAUCGAGUCCCCCAACUACCCCGGCGACUACCCGGCCAACGCCGAGUGCGUGUGGCACAUCUCGCCGCCCCCCAAGCGCAGGAUCCUCAUCGUGGUCCCUGAGAUCUUCCUACCCGUUGAGGACGAGUGCGGCGACGUCCUGGUCAUGAGGAAGAGCGCAUCACCCGCGUCUAUCACCACCUAUGAGACCUGCCAGACCUAUGAGAGGCCCAUCGCCUUCACCUCCCGCUCCCGGAAGCUCUGGAUCCAGUUCAAAUCCAAUGAAGGCAACAGCGGCAAAGGAUUCCAAGUGCCCUAUGUCACCUAUGACGAGGACUACCAGCAGUUGAUAGAGGAUAUCGUUCGCGAUGGACGGCUCUACGCCUCGGAGAAUCACCAGGAAAUUUUAAAAGACAAGAAACUCAUCAAGGCCCUCUUCGAUGUGUUGGCGCACCCCCAGAACUACUUCAAAUACACAGCCCAGGAGUCCAAGGAGAUGUUCCCGCGGUCCUUUAUCAAGCUGCUGCGCUCCAAAGUCUCCCGGUUCCUGCGGCCCUACAAAUAAUGCCGCCAGCUGCCCUGCUCGGGGAUGGCCGGGUAUCCCGAUGGGGAGGGGAGUGCGCCUUCCCUCCACAGGAGAGGCUAGAAGGCGGCUCUGCGGGCCUCCACGCUGCCCUGGGAAGUCACCACAGCGUCUGCCCUUCGGAAACACGGACCAGCCUGUGGGGGUGAGACCACAUCCAGGCGGAGACCCUGGGCCGCUGCGCUCCUCAGGUCGCCCGGCUGGGAAAACACUGCUUUUGGCGGGCGGCUUUGCUCCCUCCCUCCCUCGGCCUGUUCCGUCCCCGGAGGGGGGGCACCCUCCCUGAGCGGCACUAGCGGACCCACCUGGGCCGGGACACUCUGUGCCGCCGCGCAGCCAGCUCCUGGGCAAGCUGCACGUUUGGGGGUCACAUGUGGCCUUGCCUGGCGCCUCAGGAGAGAGGGGGACGCAACUGCCUCUGUCUGCAGGCAGGCUCUGGGAGGCAUCAUCUGCGACAGGAAGCCAGGCUGUGGGAGGAGGGGUGUGGGAGGGCGUCUGGGGAGCUUGGAUGAGCCAGUGUCUGCACCGGCAAAGGCACCCACCCCUGUCCUCCAGCCGUGGGUCCAGGACGCAGGCGCCACGUGGCAGAGCUCUAAGGAUUCUGUGAUUGGACAGAGAAGAGCUGCUAGCGGAGGAAACUGUAGAUUUGUGCUUUUCCUUGAUAGAGCAUCUAAUUAAGUACUAUAUAUAUAUAUAAAUAUAAAUAUAAUAUACUUCUAUCUGUGGGUACUUUAGGAAAAUCCUCUUCAGUAACUGUAAAUGCGAACUGCAGCCCCACGCCUUCCCUCCCGAGCUGCCCCCAGCCUCCCUGGGUUGAAGCCUCUCCAGGUGCUUGCCACCUGGUUCUGUGAGGCUGGAGAGCGCGCGCUGGUUCUGGACACGCUCUGGAACGCACGUUCUUUGGGAACUGGGCCCUGAUGCUUUGCUGGAGUGUUGCCCUCUGACGGAAUGUUGUAGAAGGCCAUUUCCCCUUGGGCCCUUUCCUAUGGGUACCGAGGCCCAGCAGGAAAUCUCGAAAGGGACCUGUGCUGGCCCUGAGGCCAUGACCUUGGGGUCUGUGCCAUGGCCUCGUGCCACAGGGAAACAAGGCUGUCUCCACGUGAGCACAGGCUGUGCCACCGCAAGAGACCUCAGAGGGCAGCAGCCCACCCCUUUAUCUUACCAGUGAGGAGAACGAGCGACGGAGGGCAGGCAGCCAGUGUUGGAGGCCUGGCCCCAGGAGCGCUGUCUGCUUUCUGCUGUGCCACGCUGGGGUUCCUCUGAGAGUCUGUCUUUAAAGAAGAGAAGGCCAGAGGCUGACCCCGUCGCAUGGUGUCCCCCUCGGCCAGGAAGCCAGCACCGGGACACAGCCAGAAACGUCCCUGCCACUCUGAGUCCUCGCCUGCUGACCGACUGCUGGCGGCCGCCUGUGAGCCACGCGUGGGAAGCAGUCUGUAUCUUUAGGGUAACAAAUGUUCACAGUUGCAAAACACAUGGGACAAUCUUAAAAUGAAUCCCAGUCACCUGUCCCAGGUGCCUCUAGGCUGUCUCCUCCUCCUGCCUCCACACCCGUGCUGAGCAAUGGGCUCGGUUUGAGACCCAUCCAUGGCACGCCACUGAUGGUGAAGCUUGGGUCCAGGUGACCAGGGUCUGGGGGUCGAUGACAAGGCAGGCCGUGGCGAUGUCACAAUACAAAACAGGGCUGGGGGCUCAAAUCGUUCCUUGCUACCACCCACGUCAGCAACAGCGAGUCCCCAGUUUAAUGAACGCUGCCACCAGCGCCUUCUCUGCCAAAAUCCAACUCAGGUCUGGAAGGGGCCUGGUGGGCAGGUCAGUGUGAGCCCUGAGCUCUGUCCCGGCCCACACCACCCUCCCUGGUCACAGGCCUUGAAGGCCAGCCUCAGUCUCCAGAAAGACCCCUGUCUUCCCUCCGAGUCCUUGCUUAUCCCCAGGAAUUACGUGAGUGUCCUCCAGAACAGGCUUCCAAUAACAACCACCCAGGAGAAGGGUUUUUUAUAAUGUUCUCAAAACAUAGAGGACCAGAAGAGCUCUAACCUUUCUUGAACACUUCGUGCCGCCCCUCUGGGUGGUUUCGGACCGUCGCCACCCACAAACCCCACUAACCCACCGGCCCUUCCAGUGGGAGCCCCCCCAUGAUCCAUGGCUCUCCCCGCCACUGUGGUCAGACCUGCCCGGUAUUCCCCCAGCAGAGCAGAACAGAUGUGGGACCCUUUGCCCUCACAAGUACCAGGGAGCCAGCGACCCCAACUUGCCGGCUGCCAACACAUUCCCAUCAGGGGCACUCAAAGGCCAGGAGUGGGGUAUGUCCUUAAUGUCAGCCCUCAUCCCCACCCUGGGGAACCUGAGGGUCCCACCUGUUAAACCGGAUCUGUCCCCGGUCAUCGGAGCCUGGUGGCUUGGGGGGAGAGCUCCCUGGGCAACAAAGCACGUUUGUCCAUGUUCCCGUGUUGCAGAAGCUGGUGGCAGGUUGGCACCGGUGGAGCAGGUGGAGGUAGAAAGGACGGGCCCCAGAGAGGACAGGUCCCCACAGUGAGUCCCGGGGAAGAACAGGACAGGACGAGGGUGCGGGAGGCCUGUGCUGCCCGAGGGAGGGGCUGACCAGAAGGAGCAUGGCCUGCUCCUGGAUGGGAUGUUGGCCUCAAGCAGCCGCAGGCCCAGCCCAGCCACCACCGCCCCUCGCGUUACACGGACCCUCCGCGGCGGGCCAGUCGAUCACUCCAAGGCAAAGAGCCAAGGAUCAAGCUUCUGGAAGCAAAAUCUUGCCCAGCUGGCCGGGACUGAAAGCUGCCAAGCCUGGAAGUCCUGAGGAGCUCAGCUCUGCGUCUCGUGGGGCAGCCGGGGAGGCUCUCCAAGGGUGGCGGUGGAAGACCGAGGUGCCCCUGCACCGUGUGCCGGGUGGCGGCGGGACCAGGAGUGGCGGACCCGGAAGAAGCCCUUCAGCCCCGCACCCCUGGCGUCUCCUGGCUCUCUGCUUCCAUGGACACGUGCCAAGGAAAAGAAGAGAACUGGCCUCAAGGUCCAGUGGCCAGCUGGGCCCUCAGCGAGGGAACACUGGGGUCACCUCAUCUGCCUCUCCGAAUGAGGCUGCUUUUCCCCGGCGCUGCGCUUGCCUGAGCCUGCAGCUGUGGCAGUGUGCCGGCCGCUCUCCCACCCCGGGCUCUCCACUUAGUCUCAGACUCUGUGCCCCUCGCCCCGACAGGUGGCCUUGGCCAGUGGUGGUGACCGUGCUCUGCCCAGCUCUGGCUCCCCAGGGGCAGUCCUUGCCAGCCCGUCCUGGCAGACAGAAUGGUGACAGACUCAAGGAGGCCGUGGGGCCCAAGGUGGCAGCCUCAGACAGCUUUCCCUCCUGCCAUCCGUUGGUUUGGGACAGGCAGAUGAAAGAGGACUGUAACCUGGGCCAAAAAGUCACCAGAGAGCAAUGGCCCCAAGAGGCCGCUUCUGAGAGCCCAAAGACAGAUCUUCUUUCCUUCAAUCUCUUAAAACCUGUGUUUCCUACCUGAACCCCCAUUCCCCUGGGGACACGGCCAAGAUCACCCAUUUUCCACGACAAGAGGCCCCAGCCUGCUGGACCUAAAGUGGGCACCUAAGUGACAUUUGGGGGAUGGGAUAAUUAGUUGAACACCUCCAUCCACCACACUCAGGAGGAAAAUAAAAUACUGAGCUAAGUUAGGUCACUAAGCAAACAUUUGCUGAGCGCUUACCGUGUGCCAGGCUCCUAGAAAGGAGAGAGGCCACAGCCAUGGGGCUGGCAGAAUCCUCUGGAAAGUUCCUCUUGGUCCCCGAGAUAAAGAUGAUUGAGGCUGGCCCUGGACAGAGCCCAGUGCUCCUGUCCCAGUACCCUGGGUCAGGACGGCGAGUGUGGACAGAGGGCAGACGGAGCAGGGCUCACCAAAGGAGUCCCAAGGUCCAUCUCCCAAGGGAGGAGCUGCUGCCCGCCCAGCCUCAGGAUGUGGCCGCCGUCCUCCACCAGCAGAGACAGAGGCAGAGAAGAGCUCAGCCAGCUUGCCCAGGACAGCGGCCUCUACCCCCCCCCACACACACACAACAGGCCCCUCUCUUCACCACGGAUCCACAUGGGGGCCGCUCAGCCCUUCUGAACCGGGUGACAGCACCAAGCCAACUUCAUUCUGGCCAAAGGCAGAAGGACCGACGUUUGAGAGACAUUCCCAGUCCACACGUCAGAGCAGAGAGCUCGUAUUCUCCCAGAUGGCUGCCCCUGGAGGCGCGGUUCUGAGCACCUGCUGUAUGCCGGACGCAGGUGCGGCAAGGAGGAGCUGCAGUGGGCAGCGUCCAGGCUGCCUGGCGGCUUGGCAAGGGCGGUGGGAGGGGGCAGGCCAGCCCCAGGCCCAGAGGCUGCAGGCAUGGCCACGCCUUCCCUCCCAGCACCCUGCACAGGCAGCCCCCAAAAAGCAGGACCCUCUGUUUCUCUGAGGACCCCCAGCCACCGGAUGGACCCUCUGAAACUGGGCCCCUCGAGUCUCAGCAGGAAGCAGUGAAAGCCUGAGUCCCCCAGUCACCAGGAUGCGGGGGACCAUCCUCAGGGCCCUGGGGGUGCGUGGGACCUGACGUUCCUCGGACGUGGACGGGGAGACUCUAGGAGGCCCGGUAACGUGCCCCAGGCGAGGAAGAGCUAGUAGUUGGUGGAACUGAGACUCAAACCCAAGCCCAUCGAAACCCAAGGUAGGAGAUGUCUGUCUGUGAGAUAUCAAUGGACCAAAUUGUAUGGAUUAGGAAACGCGCUGGGGAGUUCCGGGGCAGGGAUGUGGCAGGUAGAGAGGAGGGAGGCGGAGGAGGCGUGGACAUAGGACCUCCCCUCCCUGUGAAACAAGCACUAGAAACUCAGAGGAAGCCCGGCUUCUGCCUUCUCCGCUGCAUGGACGGGAUGGAUGUGUCCUUUGAGACUCUGGCCCACAGGGCAAGGUAAGCCGCAGCCCGGCGCUACCCCCCUGCGCAUCCCCGGACAGAUGCUGCCUGUCCGCCGUCGGCCCCUCCUCCCAGCUCGGGCGCACAAAUGUGAGACAAUGUGCGUGUCCCUCAGCAGACCAUGGACUGAAAAGUAGGGGCAAAAAGAAAGCUCGCUGAUGCCCAGGACUUUGUUUCCCUGUUCAGAGGCUACGGAGAUCCCCAGGAAAGGUCUAGCCCGCUGAGAUUAGAACCUUGAACAGCCUGGGCAGACCCAGCCCAUACCGCUCUUGAAAUGGGGUAUCUGAACACCACUGGGGGGCCUGGGG